AUGUUGAAGGGUCAGACUGCGAAGGAUCUCAUCCUCGCCCGUCUCCUUUCAGAAGCUCCGUGGAUGCCUCGAACCGGCUCCAGCGGAGCCGCUAAAAGAAGCCAGGGUCCGCCAAAUCUCUACUUACAAGUUACUACUGUAUUGUUCAGGUUCUUCCUCCUCCCCUCAUUAUUGAUAGCCGGCAGCGGAGAAAUAUCACCGUCAUGCUUGCUUGCUCGCCACAACAUCGGCAUGACGAGACUUCCGACCCCCGAAGGAGCGACAGAGUUUGAGAGUCGGUGGACUUCAUUCCAGCAUUUAUUAUUGGGGAACAAGGAUAUUCUCAGAGCCAGCAAGCUUGCUUUGAGUAUAAAUCACGGAGCCUUUUUGCAUUCCGAGCCGAGUCUGAUUGUUAUUUCGCACUCGCUCCAGACACCUUCCACAACUCGAGGAGCUUGGUGCCUUCCGCUUCGCUGGAAAAAUACUUACAUAAUCCGGAGUCCUCCACUCCUCCAAUCUCAACCCCGUGGAGCAGCUGAGCUUGAUUUUGCUUGGUUCCGCGCGAAGAAGGAAUCCCUGGCUACGGUACCUGUUGAUGGCCUAAGGCAGGAACGAAAGAAAAAAAGAGAAUUUUUGCUUUGUUCAUCACAUGACGGCGACAUCACAAGAUUAGUGCUUUUUCCUGGUCGGGCUGUUGAUGGUGUCAGUUUGGAAUGGAAUUUUUGGUACCAGGCACCAGCACAGAGACUUGUAAACGCAGCAAAUAUGUCCAUCUUUUUGUGUGUUUGUGGGUAUCAUACGUCCGUCAGCCAUCGCCGACCACGACCACGACCGCGAUUACUCCUGCGGAACGUCUCAAAUGCUACCAAGGGCCAAGCGUCAACCGAAGCGAAGCGAAGCCAAGCAAAUAUGCUGUCGUUAUCAUACAAUGCUACUGUCCUCCUUGUCCAACGCCAAUUCUUCUGCGCGCUAUGA